CUGUGGUCAACCUCUACGUCCUCCUAUCCUUCAGCCUAUUUCCCUGUCGCUGUGACUCGUAGCUGCGCGCGUGCAAAGCAGUGAAGUGGCAUACGAGCUCGGUUCUGUGGUGCAGCGAGUGUCCAAGCUGUAGUGUUCUGGCCCUCGAAGAAGUCUAAGCCCAUACGCAGCUACGCUCGACCGUUUCGGCCAUACCCCAGAUUCUUGCUCCCAUUCAUUGAGCCACCAUGGACGUCGUCAAAGCCGUGGAGACGUAUCUUACGAAGCUCAUCUCUGAGCCCCAGACGAUGAAGGUCCUGAUACUCGACGGCCAUACGACACCCAUCGUAUCAUUGGCAGUAACACAGUCGACCUUGCUCUCCCACCAAGUGUAUCUUACAGACAAGAUCGACAACACAAAACGCGACCGGAUGCCGCACAUGAAGUGCGUAUGCUUCCUCCAGACGAGUGAGGACAGUCUCGAGGCACUGGAAGCGGAACUGCGAGAGCCGAAGUACGGCGAAUACUACCUGUACUUCAGCAACAUCCUUAGCAAGACCACCAUCGAGCGAUUAGCGGACGCUGACGAGUAUGAGGUUGUGCGGGAGGUGCAGGAAUAUUUUGCAGACUACGCACCAAUCCUCCCGUGCCUGUUCUCCCUUAACCACAUGCCAAACGCCUCGCAACCCCUCUACGGCUCGUCGCCCAACUCUUGGGAUCCGAAAGCGCUCGAGCGCGCCGUGCAGGGUGUGACGUCUGUCCUGUUGAGCUUGAAGAAGAAGCCGGUAAUCCGCUACGAGCGGUCGAGUCCGAUGGCGAAGAAACUCGGAGUAGAGAUCCAGCAUAGGAUGCAGUCGGAGUCGUCCUUGUUUGACUUCAGGUUGACCCAAGUGCCCCCACUUCUCUUGAUUCUGGAUCGACGAAAUGAUCCUGUCACGCCUCUGCUUUCGCAAUGGACAUACCAAGCUAUGGUGCAUGAGCUAUUCGGUAUCCAGAACGGCCGGGUAGACCUUAGCCUCGUACCUGACAUCCGACCAGAGCUGAAGGAAGUCACCCUUACGCCCUCCACCGAUCCUUUCUUCCAAGCACACCACCUCGCCACCUUCGGCGACCUCGGGACCUCCCUCAAAGCCUACGUGCAGUCAUACCAGUCUCACUCCCUUGCUCACAACCCGCAGUCUAUCAACUCGAUCAGCGAUAUGAAGCGCUUUGUCGAAGAGUACCCCGAGUUCCGCAAGCUCGGCGGAAACGUCAGCAAGCAUGUCGCGCUCGUGGGCGAGCUCAGCCGGUUAGUGGAGCGAGACAAGAUGUUGGAUCUUGGAGAGGUCGAGCAAGGGCUGGCCACUGGGUCUGGGGCGGACUUGAGGAGCGUGCAGGCACUCAUCACCAACCCCAUAAUUCAACCGUGGAAUAAGCUGCGCCUUGUCAUUUUGUACGCCCUGCGGUACCAGAAAUCACAAGCAAAUAACGUGGCUUCGCUCAUCAACCUGAUGCUCGAAAAUGGGGUCAACCGUGAGGACGCUAAGCUCGUCUAUAUGAUCCUCAACAUUGCCGGCUCGGAUCAGCGACAAGACGAUUUGUUUUCCGCCGAGUCAUUAUUCGCCAAGGGUCGUUCAGCGCUGAAGGGUCUGAAGGGCGUGGAGAAUGUGUAUAUGCAGCACCAGCCACACUUAGCCGAGACACUUGAGGAUCUGUUCAGGGGCCGUCUCCGUGACACUAGCCAUCCCUUCCUUGACGGCGCUGGACCGAAUGCCAGUCUUCAGCGACCGCAGGACGUGAUCAUCUUCAUGAUCGGCGGGACAACCUAUGCUGAAGCCCGCGUCAUUGCAAUGCUGAAUCAAGAGUCAACGCAAAGUGGUGCCUCUUCCGCGGGGACACGUCUUCUUCUGGGCGGGACAUGUGUCCACAACUCGUCCAGCUUCGUGGAGAUGAUACGCUCUGCAGCAGUCAACUUCCCCUCGUCGGUAUACGAGCCUCCUCCAGGGAGUUCGAGCACGAUGCCAUCUCUGAACCUCAACCUGGGCGGUGUCAAUGUGAGCUUAGGAGGACCAGCCGGAACUGGUGUGUACAGGACGAGCGGGGAAGGCGUGAGCCUGCAGGCGGAUGGCAUAACGGACGGUGUGAGAAACCUCUUUGGAAAGGUGCGGCAGGGCGUAGAUCGAAUAGCAUCGCAAGAGCCACGGUAGUUCGGAUGCCAGUGCUCGGCUGCGAGUGCUGUUGGUUGGAUCGGACCAUGAAUACCUAGUCUUACAUUGUUCGUGAAUGCGAGAUAGCCUCAAUUUC